AUGGCAGAUCAACCACCACGGGUACCCCGGCAGACGGACAAACGGAAAUCGUCCUUGACUAACAAGAAGCAAUGGAAGUUCCCAACUUUUCGGGAGGAACAGCGCCAUCUAUCUGGGGUGGAGGAACUGGACAGCUUCCGGAGAGGUUAUUCUCCAAGCAAAGACCUAUUCCCACGUGGACUUGUUGGGGCCUUUCUACCACCAAUUUCUCCCACUUUGUCCAUCUCCCCCAGACCUAGCCAAAGCAGGGGACACAGAUCAUUUCCCCAAGGCUUAGAAACGUUUCCUGCAAUUUCACCAGCCCAGCAAUCAGGAACAAGGUCUCCGGAUGAGGCAGUGGCCCACCAGAUCCAGCAGGUAAUGGCUCCCUUGACAUGGGAAGGUGAUGAUUCUGAUGAUGAUUUAGACUAUUUCUUCAUAAAGUCGCUGGGCUUGCCAAAAUCUUCUGUAAAGCUGAAUGCCAACAAACGAUACUGGGAGCAAGAAGUCGAGAAUCCCAAUAAAUUUGGGAAACAAUGUCCUAGAAAUUUGGAUGUGGAUCCUUCAACCACCACAGGGUCACAUCACCAUGACUGCUUCAAUAAAGAUGAGUCAAGAAGUGAAGAUAUGCUUGACCCCCUUUAUAAUAAUGAGUUUUGGGAAUGGGAUGAUGAAUUUAAAAGCUUAAAUAUCACGGAUGACAUGGAAUGCACAUUUGAUAUCGACUGUGAGUGCCUGUCAGGUUAUAAAGAGUCAUGCAAGAAAAUAGAUCUUCCUUUUGAAUUCAGAUACCUCAACAGUCAGAAAAAAGCAAAGAAGGACACCAGACACAAGGUACAGACAUCAAAGAUUAAGCAAAAGCUCCCCAAACCACAUGAUGCUCAUGAAAGCCAUAGGGAGAGGAAUGAGGAUGGCUCAUCACAAAUGAAAACACAGCAGGAAAAAAAUCGUGGAAAUCAAAAGCAUCUCCCAGACCACAAGGCCUCCCUUCAAAUCCAAGGUAGAAGUGUUUCGAAGCCAGAUAUUCUUGAAAAUCUUUAUGGAGCAGUUGCCUUUAAGGAUUUCAUCAUCAGUAAGGGCUACAGUAUGCCAGGAGUCCUGGAGAAGUUAUUCACCAGGAAAGGAUGGGAUUAUGCUUCUAUUACUACUCCUACUCUGAGAGAGGUAAAAGCUCAAGAAUUGAUCAUGCAACAACUGCGGGAUGCUGAGAAGGAGGCGGAAAAGGAGUUGCAGAAUUGUGACUUAGAUGGUGCCUAUCGUCACUUAUGGACUAGGUCCAGGUCUAAUUUGUAA